AUGGCUCCUGCUCUAUCUUCAUCCCUUCACACAACCCCUCAAAAUUAUUCAAUCAUACCUUUCCUACCCUCAUCUGAAACCCCUCGUUCUCUCCAAUUUAACUUCAAAUUAUGCAAACCCUUAUCGGAAUUGAAGCAGAAGAACAUCAUUACCCUAACCGCAAUCACCUGUUUUAAAUCAGGAAGAACAUGUGCAGCAGCAGCAGCAACGAAUUCAAGCUUGGCUGUUACUGCUCCACCGUUAGCUGAAUCGAAUGUUCAACGUUAUUGGAUUGUGGUCGUUAAGGCACCCCUUCCGCAACAGGCUGCUUCUAGACAAGGUGUUAUUGAUUAUUAUGUCAAAAUUUUGGAGAGAGUUUUGGGCAGUGAGAAGGAGGCUCAAGGCUGUAUAUACAAUGCUUCUUGUGAUCCCCCUUUCAGGUUCUGCUGUGAUAUGGACAAAGAAACUUCUCAAGAACUAGCAUGCUUGCCGGAGGUAUUAUCAAUUAAACCCGAUCCAGAUUUCAACUCUGUACAAAAGGGUUAUAGCAACACGAAGGUUGAAUCGGGUUCAUAUAAUAACAUUUUCCCUCCAUUGUUUCCCAAGAAAAGUUCGAAGCACUGGCUUGUUAGUGUAGAGAUGCCAGAAUCCAGAGUCAUCACCAGGGUGCAAUUGGUUGAUUAUUAUACCCAAAUGCUAACCAAGGUUUUGGAGAACGAGAAGGAUGCCCAAAUGUGCAUAUAUCACAUUUCCUUGCAAUCCCACUACGGAUUCUGUUGUGAACUAGAUGAUGAGUGUGCAAAGGAAUUAGCCGGUGUUCCUGGUGUUACAUCUGUUAGGCUGGAUGAGAAUGUCGAUUCAGAUGAUAAAGAUUACGGAGGGGUUUCCUCCACAGGGACGAAUCAACCAACCAAUAUCAAAACGAAGAAACUCUUUGUAACCGGUUUGUCAUUUUAUACAUCCGAGAAAACUUUACGUGCUGCAUUUGAAGGUUUUGGAGAGCUUGUCGAAGUUAAAAUCAUAAUGGACAAGAUCUCCAAAAGGUCGAAAGGUUUUGCCUUCAUCGAGUACACUACUGAGGAAGCUGCAAGUGCUGCUCUCCGAGAAAUGAAUGGCAAGAUCAUAAAUGGUUGGAUGAUAGUCGUCGAUGUUGCCAAACCGACACCACCGAGGUUCGGUAGAGGGGGUCCAAGACCCACACGGUGAUGCACGUGUCUUGAAGUGGAACAGUCUCAAAUAUUUGAUUCAUAUCUUGUUAGGUAUUUUUAUAGAAAGGAUGGUGUUAGUAGCGCAAACCAAUCAUGUAGCAACAGUUACAUUAGACAUAUUUACGAGGUUUAACCGUUUGUCUAACGGUCGUGUUUGUCAAUAGGAUCAACCGAUAGUUUGCUAAACAUUGGCAAUGGCAUUUUCGUAAUUUGC